AUGAACCUGGAAUGUGUCCACUCCAUUCAAAUUUGCUAUGAAAUUUCUAUUGCUUUGAUUGCUGUGAUCUUGAAUCUACUGGUGUUGAUGAUUGCGACAAGGAAAUGGAAGGAUGAGCUUCACUCAUUUUCCACUUUGGUCAUUUGCACUACUUGCUCGGACAUCUUUUUCACGUUCACUAAUUUGUUUACUAUGCAGGUGAGAAAAAGCAAUGGGGAUAAGUUCAACUUGACCCUGCAUGGGAAGCUUUUGAUGUGAGGCAUCUGCGGGGGAUGUCCUCGAAAUGUGAUGCUUAUAUCAGUCUAUCGGGAAAAGUAACGUCGGGUCGUCGUGGCAAGAUGUCUUGCCUUGUCGAAAAAAGGAAGUUUCCAGCCACGGCAUGCCGUUGCAAAGCGAUGAUCGGCGAUUCCAGGGCAUGACUAACCGCCGACAUUUCUCCACCAUUUUCAACCGAAAAACCCUGGUUUUCGGGGUAAAAGAGCCCUUUUCAAAAGGUUGUAGCGACCUCAGUUUGCACUUAAGAAUCUUGUUAUUUCGUAGGCAAAAAAUAAUGUCGCUUAAAAAUACAUAUUCCAAAAACCAAGUGAAUGCGCCGCCUCCGCCGAAAGUUAUAGCCUCCUACUUUCCUUCACGUUUCUUGAAAGACCCUGUACUUAUGUUCCCGACAGAUUGAUGACUUGGCAUGAACGGACAAAGGAAAUCUUCCAAAUGCGACGCUCAGAUUUUAAAAAAUUUUACAUUCAUUUCGGGAAUAGACCACAUAUCAUCUCUUGACAACUUUAGCUUGCACUUUGCAGGCACAGCCGAAAUAUUCAACGAACUUUGCCGCCGAGAGAGCACGCGAAACACAGAGAGCGGUCAGAGAUAAACGGCAACUUUUUGCCGUAACUUUGCCAGCUGCGUUCGGAAAAAAGCAUUUUUUGGGAGCGUCGCACUUGGGACACUGUAAAUAUCAGUCUGCCGGGAAAAUAAUCAGGAAUUUCGAUGCAACGAUCGCAUUGCUGAAGUGGAAAGCAAUUUGGUUUUUGCCGCGACAAAAUUAAUUUUCUUGAUGGCGGUGCAAUCUUUGAUGCGACAGAGUGCUCAUUAUUUUCCCGACAGACCAAUAAGUACUUUAUUUUUCUGCUUUUUGUGUUGCCCAGCUGGCAGGGGAUAUCAAAUAUUGCUUUUUCGCAACAAUUUUUGUUUCUUUGCAGACAAUUCAAAUGCACGACAGCGGCCUCUUCUUCUUCAACAACAACCCUCUUCUCAUCCACAUCUCCUCCAACACCGCCAUGAUUCUCUCCGCCCUCUGGUUGAUGGGGAUUUACAUUGCCAUUACGAACAUCGGCUUCCAAGCCUACCAUCGUUACAAUGUUGUGUGCAAAUCGAACGUGGUCUCGGAACGGGCGGUAUUUCAAAGUUUUUUGCUGAUUUGCGUGGUCUGCGGAGUCUUCUGCAGCACCGUUCUGCUGACUUGGGAGCAUGGUCGAUUCCCGGGAAGUGAAUAUGAAAAGGAAUUGAACAGGAGUGCUGGUAUAUUGAGUCGGACGAACAUUGAGUUCUCAGUGGCAGAUCCGGUAAGAAAAUAAUUUUUUAGAGUACAGUGGUGUUCUGCUCGCGCUAUAAAGCAAGUUCCGAGAAUUUUAGCGCGGAUAAAGUGAUUUGAGCUGCCAAAAAAUGAACGUCGCUAAUUUUAAGGCAAAAAAAAAGCAAAUCGCGGCGACCGAUUUCUUGACCAAUUUUGAAGAGAGAAUUUUUUAUCGGUUUGUCGGGAAAAUAAUGUGGAUUUGUCGCAGUAAAAUUUCUCACCAUCAAAUCUCCAGCUGCGGCUAGGAAUUGCAAAGCGAUAAUGAAUUCCAGAUUGUGACAAAUCCACAUUAUUUUCCCGACAUACUGAUAGAAAGAGAUUCGUUGAAGUUCAUCCAAAAAAUGGGUAUAUAAAACUAAAAAAAACCAUUUACAAAAAUGCGUCUUUUAGCCUGAAGAAGUCGUAAAUUUGAGUUGCCAAGAAAACCAUUUCAUUUUCAGCGAAUCGCCGUCGGGGCAUUUCAUCUGCUCGGCUCGCAGAUGGUGAUCAUGAUCACCUACAGUUGUGUGAUCUACAGCUGCUUUCAAAUCUACAAAAUAUUGAAGAAUGAGGCGUCUUCAAUGUCGGCACUGACUCGAAAAGCCAAUAAGAAGUUGAAUCAGGUCAUGAUCAUCCAGGUAAAUGAGAAAACUCAGUAUAACGAAUUUCUUAUUCAUUGUAUAUUCGUUAUAACGCAGCUUGGCCAUAACGAACAACCCAAAGCUUUAAAAAUCAAUUUUUUGUCCGAAAUAAACCUCUGUGCAACAAAACCCUCGUAUAACAAAUAUUUUUUGGUCAUAGAAAUUCGUUGUACAGAGGCUUCACUGUAUUUUGUAAAUAAGUCACCAAAAUUUCAUCAAAAUCAACACUAAUUUCCGAUUUUAGGCGCUCUUCCCCUUCAUCCUCAUUGGAUUUCCAUUUGUCUUUGUCGUGUUGGGCACCAUUUUCCAGCUGCAAACUGUAUUUAUCGCGGAAUUAAUGGCAUUGUCGAUUACCUUGUUGCCCAUUGCUAAUGCUCUAACAUUACUGACAGUCAUCCCAAAUUAUCGACGAAGAUUCAUGAGGAUGGUCCGGGGAAACCACUACAAAGUCAAUGGCAGCGUGUCAAGGCCUACUGCAACCUCCAAGAUUUGA